AUGGUUGUUAUGACAACAAGUGGUCUACAAAAUAUGCCUAAUUUGAAUGAAAAACAGAAUCUCAAUAUUGGUUUGUCAAACGAUGAUCUUUUCAAGACAUCGUAUGGAGUUGGACAUCACUGGAGACCAGGAUUUUACUUUCCAGAUUCCAUCACUAUGUCCAAACAAAAUAAUGUAGUACCAUGUGGCAUAGAACUUGAGUCAAAAGUUAAGACUGAGGAUCACUACGAAACAACGAAUAAGUCUGUGUAUGAUCAAAAGGUUCCUGCUGAAUUUUUAAGAAACCCACGUAAUCCCUUACCGCCCCACCACUGGGAUGUUAAUUAUAUAAACGAAUUCCGUUCACGAUAUCUUUCUGGGGGCUAUAGAGGAUCACUAAGCCCAAGCCGUCAAAAAUCAGAAACGAGGGAAUCAUUCAGCAAUACUGACGACCCUAUUGAACUUUGGCGUCCCUUGUCAAUGCAGCCUUUUGAAAUAGAGAAUCACCAUAAAGAUGGACCAUCUAAGUCAAAAGGCUUUGGGCUGAGUCCAAUUCCAUUGCCUAAAGAAGGUGUUAGAAAUGAAAAAAAACCUAUGCUUGAUACAUUAAAGUUCAACUAUGCCACAGAUCAUGUACGCGUACAACCAAUUUCAAAUCAUGUACCACACACAGGUCUUGAAAGUACUUAUCAAUCAGAUUACACUCGUCCAAACAGUGUAUUGAGAAAGGUGGAUAAAGUGUGUCCAGUAGAAACACCAUUUACCCUACCAGAUCCUGGAACAAGUGUAGUUUAUACAGCACCAAAUAUGUAUAAAACAGAAUAUUCUACCAUAGGUGAAUGUCAGAGAACAUUAAUUUGA